AUGGCGGACGACCGCUCGACAGUGCUGACGCCGGGCGAGUGCUUCCGACAUCCCGUCUUGCAUGAUGACGGGUCCGACGCGGGCUCUGUUCUUGGCGUGGUGCGCAGAGUGAUGUCGGACAACCCAGGGGGCACCGCCUACGAGGUGGAGUACUUUGCUGCUGGUGAUCAAUAUCUGUCAUGGUGGCUUAAUUCACGCAUUGCGAAGCGAGAGAAGAUGAUCUUACACAUGUGCCGUGGGCCAGUCUCGCGAUGUCGCUACACGGCACCGCGGGCGGGGUGCCAGGUGCUCCACACCAGAGCGCCCCAGAGGCUCACGGCCGCUCAGGCAGCCGAGCGGCACAUGGCAGUGCUCCAGCACGAUGAGGAUUGCCCCGAGCUGCCGGCUGAUGUCGCUCAGGCCGCCUCAGAUGAGGCUGAGGCCGCUGAGGAGGAAGAGGAGCCGCCGCCGAGUCGCGCCGCUAUCGCUGGCCCGGCCAGGAAACGCCCCGCCGGCGUAGGCAAGGCUGGGGGCGACCUGGUGGAGCUCGACGGCGACGAGGAGGCCGACGAGGCGGACGCGGAGGCCUUUGCUGAGCUCGACAGGGAGUUCGCAGCGCUUUCAGGCAAGUCCGAAGGCGCGAAGGGCUCGGCGAAAGACGGCUACCUGGAGCGCCUCAAUAAGUUGCGGGAAAAGCUCGCGACAGUGCGCGGCCCGGAGGCCGCUGCAGGCGGGGCCGCGGCCGCCGCGCCCAACAAGAGGGCCAAGCUCGGCGAGGUGGUCCAGGCGAGGAUGACUGGACAGGCGCCGAGUGCUGCCGCUGCUGGUCCAGCAGAUGGCGGUCGUGCUCGCGGCUCAGGCGAGCGGGCAGUACUGAAGACGCUCGCCGAGUACCUGAGUCGGAAGGGCGACGACGACGACGGCCUGUUUGACAGUGAUGAUGAUCGCGUCCCUGGCGGGCGCCCCGUGGCGGCCCGCCGCCUGGCGUACAAGAAGAUAGCGGAGAAGCAUCCAGGGCGCCUCUCGGAGAGGGAGAUGGAGAACAUGGCGCAGUUUCUGGACCAUGAUGAUGCUGGAGGUGUGACCAAGCAUAGCCCCGUGGCGCUCAAGUUCUUGCUCCGGGUGCUGAAGCCUGCGCACCCCAUUCGUGAGAUUGGUGAGGACCGGUACCGCGAGCUGCGGACGCUCGCGGAGAGUGCGGACCUCAUAGUCUCGGGCAAGCCCAUUCACGCCCUGGAUUUCAUCUUCUGCAGGGUCAAGGCUAUCCAAAAGACCAUACGGGAUGGCCAUUCGAGGACGGCGAAGUGGUUCGAGCUCAUCCCCCCCGACAAUGGUGGAUUGAGCCUCUCAGUUGAGGACGAGGAGCUCGUCGCGGGCAUCGAGGCCGCCGAGGCGGGCCGCGCUGGAGUAUUGAACGUGAUGAGCGGCGCGGCUAUCGGCGGCGAGGUGGCCGCGCUGACGCUGGGCCAGUGGAAGGCGGACAUCGCCUCGCGCAUGUGCCGCAGCGGCCCGAGCCGAAUGACAAUGCCGGAGAUCGGCUUCGGGAUCCUCGCCAGUGUUAGGAGAAUGCCAAGUUGCAUUGGAGAUUUCGCUAGAAGGUUCCCUGUGGGCGUCGCGCCACAAUCGCCGGAGGCUGGUGUCCGGCGCGAUGUGCUGCCCCUGCCAGUGAGGGAGCCGGCAACCUUUAUCGCCUGGGAACGUGAUCUGAAGAGAAGAGGAAUGUUGGACGGUGAGGGACCCCCCGUGGAUGUUACGAAGUGGCCAGCUGCUCUAAAGAAGGAGGCCCAAGCCAUGGCGGUCGAGGUGUGGACCUUCCUGAGCGUGCUGGGCCUGAACUACCUUUACCUUGGCCACCUGAGCAAGGACCGCUGGGAAGCAGCCGGGCGCCUUUCUGAGGUGCAGGCCGCCAGCCUACGUGUGAUCGGUGAGACGGUCGAGUGGCGCGUGGGCGACGCGUUGGCGGCGGUGGACAUCCCGUUCUGGCCUCAGGAAAUGAAGAAGACGAAAUCGAGCUACGACCUGGAGGAGGACUGUCGGGCGCUCCCUCUGAAGUUCGGCGAGCUUGAGCCUGGCCUUCCCAAAGCCGAAGAUAUCGGCCGCUUGGACGUGCUGGACUAUGUGGGGCCAGAGCUCAAGGAGGUGCUCACCAAACCCGAGAUGUCGCUCUUGCCGGAGGCCGAGUGGCCCGAGUCGCCCCCGAAGGCAAAGGUCAACGUCGAGAAGCUGGAGGACUGGUGGGCCAUCGCUGCCAAGCUGGUGGAGCGUGGAUUGCUGGCCCCUAUACCAGCUGAGCGCAUCUUUGUGGCCCGCGGCCGUCGCGUCACGAACGGUUUGUUUGCUGCGACGAAGUCGGGGCCCCAGCUGAGGGAGAGGCCAGAGUGA